AUGUCGGUGAGCACGACCAGCACGCGCCAGCUGGCGCGCUCGGAGAGCGCCAGCUCCAUCCUGUCGUCGAAAGCGACAUUUCGCUUCACGCGCCAGCUGGGCUCGCACUACCGCUGCGGCUGUUGGAUCCUCGCGGGCUUCCUGCUCUUCCUGCUCGUGGUGGCCGCCUGCGUCUACAUCGGAUCUGAAGGGGAAGACUUAAUUGUACAUUUCAACCUCAGAUUUGAUCUCAGCCAAAAGGAUGUCACUGUACCAGAUCUGAUGUCACUUCUCGCUAGUCACAUUGAGCCAAAUGCUUCACCAUUUCUUGCUAAUCUUACAAUAGAUCCAAAGAGUUUGGAUGUAAAAGAAAGUUCAGAUAUGCCAACAACAGUAGCACCAUCAACUGCUGCUGCUACAGCAACCCCUCCUAGCACCACCCCUCCCCCUCCUCGGCGGUGUGAGAAAGUUUCUCUUUCAUAUUGCAGCCACCUACCUUACAAUGUGACAUCAUAUCCGAACAUCCUUGGUCAUAAAUCUACUGAAGAAGUUAAAGAGAAUAUAAUUCCUUUCAGGGAAUUAGUUGAUGCUGAAUGUUACCGAAUGGCAUACGAGUUUCUUUGUCAAGUUCUGCAACCCUCUUGUACCCCACGUGCACCUGGACAAAUUGAAGAUAUAAUGGUAUUACCCUGCCGGAGUUUCUGCAGAGAAUUUCAUGCAGGUUGUGGAGAGAGGCUGCCUGCCAAAUUAAAAGAUAUUUUAGAAUGCAGCAAUUUUCCAGAAUAUCAAGGUCCAGGAUCUUGUAAUCCCAAGCCAGGUUGCACAAAAGAAUUACAUAAGCGUGGAUUAUCAUCUCGAGUUUGUGAUGGUGUAGUAGAUUGCCCUGAUUUGUCAGACGAAAUGGACUGUAGCUAUUGUGCACAAGGAAGUCUUCAUUGUGGUACAGGCACAGUGUGUAUUCCACCUGAAAAGCGCUGUGAUGGAAAACGGGACUGCCCCAAUGGAAUGACAGUUGCACCAAAUAUGGCAGCUGUAGCAAAAACUAUGCCAGCAACCCCUCAUCAACCUUACUACUUCUCAGAGGGAUAUGUUGUAUUCAAUGAGAAAGGACAAAAUGGGAAACUAUGCACUGAAAAUCUCAACAGUACUGUCCCUGAACCAAAUUGGGAAUCUACUCUGAAUACAAUAGCAUCAUCUAUGUGCAGUUUACUAUCUUAUCAGAAUGUUAAUACUGUUCGUGUAGAGCAUGAUGAAGAAGAUAAUGUAAAAUAUGUACAUAUGGAAGAUCCAACAGCUGCAGAGAUAACUUUUGUACGUGCUCCCUGUCCGAAAAAAGAAGUUUUAUAUGUAGGAUGCUCUGAUUUAGUAUGUGGUACACAAUCUCUGCGGUCCAGUCCAGGUAUUGCAGGAUUGGGAAAAACAGCUGCACACGGAGACUGGCCAUGGCACACUGCUCUCUUUAAAGAUGGAAUUCAUGUUUGUGAUGGAACAUUGGUAUCUGAUCAGUGGCUUCUCACCACUGCAUCAUGUUUCCAGGGCCAACCAAAAGCACAAUGGGUAGCACGACUUGGGAGCAUUCGUCUAUCUGGCUCAUCUCCUUGGCAGCAGGAAAGACCAGUGGUUGGAAUGGUUAAAUCUCCUGUAGAAGGUAGCACCGUUGUCAUGGUGAAACUUGAAGAACCAGUUAAUAUGUCAGAUUUUGUCCACCCUGUAUGUCUUGCUGAAGAAAACGCUGAUAAUUCUACAUACUGUAAUACUUUAGGAUGGGCUACAGAUAAAGAGCAGUUGCAACGUGUUGAAGUGAGGCCAAGUCCCAUGCAACGAUGUGAAAACAUCAGCAUUCCAACCGUUAACAGUUUUUGUACAGAUCCUCCAUUCCUGAAGGAUGAUUGUAAUGAAGAAGAAUUUGCUGGCAGUCCAAUGCUUUGUUUAUCCCCCAAGACCUGGAAGUGGAACCUUGUUGGCAUAAGUAAUUGGAGAAUAGCAUGUUCCAAACUUGGUGUAGAGAGGCCACGCAUGUAUGACAAAAUAACAUCUAACAUUGAGUGGAUUAAAAGGACAAUGAGUGCCAUUUCCUGAAGAAACCAAAUGUUUUGAAGAUGGAACUUUUAUGUAGGUAGUGUGAUGUUUCAGUGGAGUAUGCAUGCAACGAAUGAGUGUGUUGAAGUGUGUUAUAUGAGAGAUAAGGUCUGCAUAUUACAUUGUAUGAAUUUUAAGUGAAAAUCUAGAAAAAGAGUUUUGAGUAAUGUACUCUGUGGCAAGAAACCUUUUUCAAUUACAUUUGCGACAGUCUACCUUUUCUAAUUGUCAGUGUGUUAUGUAUUAUUAUUCAAUACAAUAGGUGACUGUAUACACUUAUAUACAUCAGACAUUAUAGGAUAUACAUAACAACCUUGAUCAUUACUUUUGUAUGUGUAAUAUUUUUCUCAGUAUUGUUAACCAACUGCAAGUAGUUUCUAAAUUUGUAACAAAGUGCCAACAUUGUUCCUUUGGGAGUUGGUGCUGAUGAAAAAAAUAAUAUUCAAAGGAUACCAGACUUCUGCUGCAGAAUAUUCAGUCCUUGUGUUAUACAAUUCAGGACUGCUAUGUACAAAAUAAAAAAUAAGCGUUGGUUUGUGUAUUCAUAUCAUGUGUUUUACUUACAGAGAUGACUGCAAAUUUAAUUCUGUUAUUGAAAUAAUGUAAUUUUAUGGAAAUAAUAUAU